UCUCAGUGAUCCUCAUCGAGGCUUACCUCUGUCCGCAGGCAGUGUGGGCGCCUAGAUAUGAAGUCUGGUUGUUCUCAACGCGCGGUCCCUGGCAGAAUCACCCCCGAUUCACCAACUUCGCUUCAGUCCAGAAGCACCGAUCCAGUUCUGCUCAGGUUCGCAGCAGGGUGUCGCAAGUCACGAGAGGAAUAGAAGCCAGGCGACAGGGUGUACAUAAGCGCCGAUUGUGCAGAAGCGCCGAGUCCUGUUCCUUGCGUUGUUCCCCUUCCUUUAUCCCCUCGCGCGAUAUAACUUCAGUUAUCCUUUGGCUUUCCGGGUCGCCAUCCAGGACUUUGUUUACAAUCAGCGCUUUACCGCCACUCGGGACUUCGCCGCCACACAGGACUUGUCGUCACCCGGAACUUUGCUGCUACCCAAGACUCCGCCGGCAUCAUGAACUUCAAGCGUGGAUUCCUCAACUCGAGCAGAGGCCAGCGGACGAUUGCGCGUCGCGGUGUCGAGCCGGAACCAGUGCGCGUAGCCAGCGCAGCGCCUAAGCCUGAGCCAGCCGUCGCAGUGCCCAACGCGGAGGCUGCGACGCCCGCGGUGAUCAAUACGAAGACCCCAGUGCCGGAUGCGACAUCCCCACCGGCAGUACCUACCUUUGGUAGCGCGCCAACGGGCACAGGUGCCAAACCGAUCAGUAUCCCGCCCGAGGUCGCGAAGAAGCUGUCGAUGAUCGCCCCUUUGGAGAGCUGGAAUGUCCAAGAAUACUCGUCUGCCGAUGUCGCCAAGAUGAAUGGCGAAGGCGCCCACACAGGCGCAAAGAAAGCGGCUGGGCCUGAGAAGAUGACCAUCGCCAAUGCCAAGAACUCAGAUGCUCCGGCCAUACCUGCGGAGACGCGCGCUUGGUUCAAGGACGGGGGGAAGGUUCCCCUCCCCAAGCUUGACUUCGUCUAUACGACGCUCCCUGCGCGCUCGGACAACCCUUCGAAGGCUGAGAUGCGCGACGGUUGGUGCGAAGCGCUGGUCGACUCGGACACGGAGCGCUCCACCCUCAAAUUCUUCGCCGAACACCCGCCACCCAAACUCCCCCGCAACAAAACCCCCGCGUAUCGCAUCGCCCCGAUCGGGGGCAAAGGCCUCGGGAUGAUCGCUACGCGCGACCUGCAGACUGGCGAUCUCAUCGUCGCCGAGCGUCCUCUGGUCAUGGCCCCCGUGAUCAAUUCGGCGAGCGCGGAGGACUACCCUGACGGGGUGCCGGUCGACAUCACGCAGAGGGAGCUCGUCCAGGCGCAGUUCAAAGCGGGGGAGCGGCAGAUCGAGCGUCUGGUGGCGAAGAUGUCCCCCGAGCGGCGCGCUGCAUAUGAAGCGCUGACGAACUGCCAUGAGGGCGACGGUUGCGGUCCGCUCAUGGGACGUUUCCGGACGAAUGGGAUUGGGAUCGAGGGGAAGUACAAGUUCAUGGGCAAGGAAGACGAGGCGGGCAUCUUCUCCGUCGUGCUGGAGGACAUUUCGCGCGCGAAUCACAGCUGCCGCCCGAACGCAAGAAACUUCUUCGACACCAAGUGGUUCGCUAUGGUUUUGCGCCCCGUGCGCCCCAUCAAAGCGGGCGAGGAGAUCUGCAUCUCAUACUUCGCUGGAGGCUGUCCACCAUACGAGGAGCGCAAGGCCGAGCUCGCGCCCUACGGUUUCGAGUGCAAGUGCGAGGCGUGCUUGGACCCCGCCGCAUCCGACGCGCGGCGCUUGGAGAUCGCGACGCCUCUGGAGAGCCAGCUGCAGCGCGGUGAUAUAUCUGGCGCGCUCAAGGCGACGCUUGGCCGCAUCGCCCUCAUUCGCAGGGAGGGGCUAGAGGAGCUGCAGCAGUACAAGAGUCUCUACGUCCAGCUGGAGAUGACCUUCCGUUUGAUGGGCGACCUCGCUCGGGCUGCCGAAGUCAAGAAGGAAAGCGACCGGCUUUCGUGGGCUCACUUCAACGAGCCUGGGUUUAGCUUGUUCUUUUAAAGAUAUAUAGGGGAUUGUAUCACUGAUAAUGUAAACAUCUAGAGAGCUCCUUCCGUCCUCUGAAAUGUAGUUUGGGAACGUUAGCAAGCGUGAGA